AUGUUUAUAUUCUCCGCCAUUUUCGAGCUGAUGCCAAACUUUUUGAAAAGAUCUCAGGAGGAUGGUCUUCUUUUCGAUUUCAGGACUGUACGCGAUUUUUCAAAAUGGACCGAAAUUUCGGAUACAGUUCGUGCAGCCGGGAGAUCCAAGGCCAUAAUUACAUCACAUCACGGAGCAGUAAGUGUAUACUUAGCAACUGAUGGAACUGUCCAGAAAUUUGGUUGUGCAAUCUUCUUCUACCUAUUAGAUCCACUACCAAACGGUGCCUGUUUCGCAGGUGUGAGGUAUAAUGGCACCCGGUGGAACCUGAGCGACUACGAUGGAAUCGAGGCCGAAUUACGUUGCACAGGGUCCAAUGAGUGGUUUAAGAUCGCCUUUGACCAAAAGUACUCAUACGAAAAGCAGUUCCAGAUGAAAGCUUUCCACCGAGGCAAACCCGUGGACAAUGCUCCCCCGCUGAACACGUCCAAUCUCGACUUUGGUAUCCAAGUCUUUGGUGGCAUCUAUGAAAAGUUUAAACAGUCCGGGCCUGGUAGUCUUCAAAUAAACUGGGUGCGGGCCUACAAAACCCCAAAAUGA